UCUCAGAGGGCAGUUUAAAUGACAGGGGCUGAUGGGGAAAGUCCUGUGUCUUUUAUUUGGGGCUUUUUCUCCAGUUUCCUCAUUCAGUGAAAUAUAGCUUGUCACAUGAAUGAUUUGAAGGCGUGUGGGUUGUUGCACCAAUAAGGAUUACAUUUUAGCCUAAGGUUUAUUGAUUACUGCAGUGAAAGAUUAGUCAGGUUACAUUUAGGCAGUCAUUUUAAUCUUGGUGACAUAGCUGGUGUGUCACUGACCCAUCAGUUACAUUUUGAAGACAGGUCAGGUCAAAGGCUUCCUGAAAGCACCAUAAUGGAGACUACUUGGACUGAUCCAGUCAAUCAAAUUGAGCUGAAGCUAAAGUCUUUCUUCAUAUCAGAGGACUAUGGAUUUGUUCUUGAGGACCCUUUGACUAAACUCCCACGCUACUAUCAGCCAUGGAUGGAUGUAGCCAAUAACCUUACACACCUCAUCAAGACCCAUCAACUCCAAGACCUGGUGAAAAAGAUGCCUCUUUUGAGUACGCUCCAUCUCCAUGGACACCGGCAGCUGAGGCUCGCUCACCUGGCCUUAGGUUUCAUAACCAUGGGAUACGUGUGGCAGGAAGGGCUUCACCAGCCAGCUCAGGCAUUACCCAGAGCCCUGGCUGUCCCAUACAGUAAUGUAUCUCAGGCUCUGGGUCUCCCAUCCAUCCUGGUCUAUGCAGACUGUGUUCUGGCUAACUGGAGGCUCAAGGACCCAAGCAGACCAAUGGAAAUUGGUAACCUAGAUACCAUCUUCUCAUUUCCUGGGGGGGAGAGUGGUAAAAACUUUUUCCUGGUCUCCAUGUUGGUGGAAAAGAGUGCAAAUUCAGGAAUACAGGGAGUCAUUUCUGCAGUGAAUGCCAUGGUGAAAUAUGAUAUAAGUAGUUUACAUAAGGCUCUUCAGAGAAUUACCUUGUCUCUCAAGAACAUGGAGGAGGUGUUUCGGCUCAUGCACAAUCAUGUAGACCCAAACAUUUUCCAUGGGACGUUCCGAGUCUAUUUAUCUGGAUGGAGAGACAACCCGUUGCUGCCAGAUGGUUUGUGGUACGAGGGGGUCAGAGAGGAGCCUCUGCGGCUCUCAGGAGGAAGCGCUGCUCAGAGCUCCUCCAUCCAGAGCCUGGACACACUACUGGGCAUUCAGCAUGACCUGGACCCAGCAGGCUUUCUGAGGCGAAUGCGGAGCUACAUGCCCCCGUCCCAUCGGCAGCUGAUAGAGACCGUAGCCGCCGGCCCGUCUCUGCGCUCCUUCGUGCUGUCCGGUGCCGACCCCUCCCUCUGCCAGGCGUACAACUCCUGCGUCUCUGCUCUGGUGGCGCUGCGGAGCUACCACCUCAACGCCGUGGCCAGGUACAUCACAGUGCCCAGGCAGAGGGGGCAAACUGGACCGGUGGCGGGCUGCCCGUUCCGCGGAGCGUGUGAGGCUCUCGGUGACCGCGGCACGGGAGGUUCGAACCCCAUGACUUUCCUGAAAAACGUCCGAGACUGCACCAGAAAGGCGCUCAUCACCCAACACGUGGGCCUAGCAGAAUCGUGAGGAGACAUUGGAUGGUGCAAUAGACUGUGGUACACUUGAAGAGCAACAGCUAAGUGUUUGUUCAAAGCUCCACUCUUUUCUGAGCUGGUUAUUAUGCUAAAACUAUAAAACCCUGUAGAGUUUUAUAUUUUUAGACAUGUAUACUCUUAGUGGAUUCAUUUCAGCUCAUGAUUAUAAAUGUGUUAAAGGAUUAAUAGCAUUCCAGUUUUUCUCGAUUGCUUUGACCUGCUUAAAGAAACUGGUCACAGCAUUGUGCAAUAUACUGUAAAUACCCCUUGAUGCACCACAGUACAUCUUUCUAUACAUCCUGACGUUCCUAUCAGGUCACAUAUGCUAUACAAACUACAACUAGUUCUGACUAUUUUCAAUACAUUUGCAUAAUGACAUGAAGUCCAAUUUGUUUUAUGGGGUAGGACUAUUCAGCAGGGAACCAGUAAAGUGCAUUUUGACCAAUUUUAUAUUAGCCAUUGUAUUUUUCUUUUUCUUUUUGAAAAAGACAUUUGUACAAAAUCAGU